AUGGAGCGGAAUUCCAUUCGUUUUGUUCGGAAAUGUCAUCAGUGUCAGGUACACGGUGAUUUGAUACAUUCUCCUUCUUCGGAGUUGCACACAAUGUCUACUCCAUGGCCAUUCACAACUUGGGUGAUGGAUGUGAUUGUGCCAAUUGAGCUGAAAGCGUCAAAUGGGCAUAGGUUCAUUUUAGUGGCCAUCGAUUAUUUUACAAAGUGGAUGGAAGCAAUAACUCUCAAGUCGGAGGUAUGUCGGCAGUUUAAGAUUACACAUCAAAAUUCAACUCUGUAUUGUCCGAAGGCAAAUGAGGCUGUAGAAGCUGCUAAUAAGAACAUCAAGAAGAUACUCCGCAAAAUGGUGCAAGGUUCCAGACAAUGGCAUAAAAAGUUGCCUUUUGCUUUAUUGGGUUAUCGCACAACUGUUCGCACUUCAGUAGCGGUUAUACCAGCAAAAGUUGAAAUCCCAUCCCUUCGAAUCAUUGAGGAAGCUGGAAUUGAUGAGGAUGAGAGGGUCAAAUCCCAUUUGGAGCAAUUGAGUUUGAUUGACGAAAAGAGAUUAACAUCGGUCGAGGCCAAAGGAAAGUUCGCCCCAAAUUGGCAAGGGCCAUUCGUGGUGAAGAUGGUUUUGCCCAAUGGUGUUUUGUAUCUGACAAACAUAUAUGGAAAAAUGUCGGAAAUUGCCAUCAACGCAGAUGCGGUGAAAAGAAAUUGCCUUUUUGGUGCUUGA